GAAGGCGCUUAAAAGCGCAUCUGCAAGCGCUCUGCAAUCUUCAAAACACUUGUGACUUUAACCGUCAAUUUUCUGAGAAAGUUGUUGCUCCCCAAGUAAGCGAACUUCAUUGACACUUUAUUUGUUUUAACGUUUAAGACUUUGGAGAAUGUGUUUUACUUGUACAGUUUUUAAACGUUUCUCUAUGGAAGAAAAGGCCAACGACAUUUUAGUUGAAAGUAAUUUCAACCAGAGAGACACUUUUAGAGAAUCUUGACUGGCCGGAGAACCCCGCGCGAAGACGAGCUCAUCUAAACCGGUUAGGGUGGAGUUCACCUAUCUUGUUCGCUACAUUGGUUUACAAGAAACAUUCCAAUUCACCUUUACAUUCCUGUGAUUCCGGCUGCACCAAACAUGGUUGGAUUCAAAGCUAGUGAUGUGCCCCCCACGGCUACUGUGAAGUUUAUUGGUGCAGGAACUGCAGCCUGCAUUGCGGACCUCUUCACAUUUCCACUUGACACUGCAAAAGUGCGUCUUCAGAUUCAAGGGGAGACCAAAGGUCCUGCUAACACAUACCAUGGUCAGGUGAAAUAUCGUGGAGUGUUUGGCACGAUCACCACCAUGGUGCGUGUUGAGGGACCACGCAGUCUCUACAGCGGGCUGGUUGCGGGACUGCAGCGUCAGAUGAGCUUUGCCUCUGUACGCAUUGGCCUCUAUGAUUCCGUCAAGCAAUUCUACAACAAAGGCUCUGAUCAUGUAGGGAUUGUCAGCCGUCUGAUGGCAGGAUGUACGACUGGAGCCAUGGCGGUCGCUGUUGCCCAACCCACCGAUGUUGUAAAGGUCCGUUUUCAGGCUCAGAUUGGCUCUGGGGCCAAUAAACGUUACCAUGGAACUAUGGAUGCAUAUAGGACCAUUGCAAAGGAAGAGGGGAUUCGUGGUUUGUGGAAAGGAACUGGCCCAAACAUCACCCGCAAUGCCAUUGUAAACUGCACUGAGCUGGUGACCUAUGACCUCAUCAAAGAUGCACUUCUGAAAUCAUCACUGAUGACUGAUGAUCUUCCCUGCCACUUUACAUCUGCAUUUGGAGCUGGUUUCUGUACCACCAUAAUUGCUUCUCCUGUUGAUGUUGUGAAGACAAGAUACAUGAACUCCACCAAGGGCCAGUACAGCAGUGCCCUCAACUGUGCUGUAUACAUGCUGACUAAAGAGGGGCCAAAGGCUUUUUACAAGGGAUUCAUGCCGUCUUUUCUGAGGCUGGGUUCUUGGAAUGUGGUUAUGUUUGUCACAUAUGAGCAGCUGAAAAGGGCCCUUAUGGCAGCUCGCCAUAACUGGGUCACUCUUUAAGCAGAAAAUGCAGUUAGUUGAGAUUCUGAUGUGGUACUAUUCUCUUGAUUUGAGCUUUUCUGUAUGACUUUUUACAUGUCCAUUAAAUUAAAUUACUUUACAUGUCCAUUUAAACAACUUUAUU